UGGCCCCCGGGCUGGCUGGACACCCAGAGUAGGAAUAGGAAUAUUUUUUUUGCUCAAUUUGUUCAGUUUCUCUAAACAUUCUUUGACCAACUUCGAAUUGAUGGUUACUGAGUUGAUCGCAACUUAAGGCUGCUUGGCUAUCGGAUAAGAUUUCUUCGGCCUAUUUCUUUUUCCCGAUAAUUCAUAUCUAAAAUAAUUCUUAUGAUGCUAACUUAGUUAGCUAAGCAGUCGUCCAGUGUUGAAAAUAUAGUGUUUUGUCGUAUAGCGGUGAACUAGUGUUUUAAUUUGCUCUUGUAGCGCCAAAGCUUUCAAAAAAUAUCUAUUAUUUAUCGCGGAUGAAAUCCAUUUAGAGGAGGCGAUGCAAAAUCUCCUAAUAAUAAUGAUGUUAACAUCUCUAAAUUUUACGACUGAUUAUAUAUUGAAUUAUUAAAGAAACACGAAAGAGCCGAAAGUGGUAAUUAUGAACAAAUUUAUUGUUGGGCUUAUUGUUAUUUUUCUUUUAUUUUCGCACUCCUUAGCUGUAUUUUACUGUUUUAACCGACCCUGUCCAGCAAACACCCAAGACUGUGACAGAGAUUUUGAAAUACUAAAUUUAACUGCAGCAGAAAUAAGGAUUCAUUGUCUGAAUGAUGCAGUACCUCCACCUACUUGUUUUGGUCAAGCGUGCCCUUCAAGCACCACCAAUUGCAAGCAAGACAAAAAAUCAAGCAGCGACAAAAGACGUAUUGAAGUCACUAUAUCGUGUUUAGAUGACUAUGAUUCAACGCUCAAAGAUUAUUACUUUGAGGAACCCAGCAAUUUUGAUCCUCAUACCAACUACCAUAACACCAAGUACGAGUCUGUAAAUGAGGGUUAUUCUAGCCCUCAGAGAGCCCAACGUCUAGAUUUGACACCCUACCAUGGAAGACUAGUAGAUUUCUUUUAAAAAAAUUGCACCCACUAACUGAAAAUGUGUGUCGAAUGAUAAAAUACCAGAUGCAUUGUAAAUUAAUUAUUUAUUAAAUAAACUGUUUAAAUGUUUUAAUA